UAUCUCAUCACUCUUUAUUCUUAGAGCCACAGCAUCAUGUUGCACCUACAGCUCGACCUGCCGUUGAUGGUGACAUCUUUUGGUGUUCCUCGAGAUGCUUUGGUCUUUCUCCUUCCAUUUCUCGUUGGGGUAGUCUCAGUAUCUACUUUCUUACUAUACCAAUGGUCCAGUCCUGACUUAUCAGGCUUCCCGACUGCGGUUGAGGAUCCUGGUGAUUCUUCCCCUGAGCAGAAAUCCCCAAUUGCACUUGGACCGGUCGGUAGAAUUAUUCAGGCCAGCUACAACAAGUACAAGAGGCCUUUCGUGAUGAAGUUAAGUCUAGGAACCUCGAUAGUCCUGCCUCACAAAUACAUCGACGAUUUCAAGAAUAACAAAGAUUUUGAUAAUCACGACUUCGUCGUUGAGAUGUUUCAAACGAAAAUCCCGGGCCUUCAUCCUGUCGACAUAACAACCCAUGACGAUCGCAUCUUUCCAACAGUUGUCAAGUCAAGAAUGACUCAAGCACUCGGCCACUUGACCGCUCAUCUGAAGGAUGAAGCAUCUACAGCAGUUGAACGCUAUUUCUCCGGUGGUGGUGAUUGGAAAGCGGGUCCCAUAUAUGGACCUAUCGUUGAGGUGAUGUCGAGCCUUGUCUCGCUGGCCUUCGUCGGUGGCGACUUUCAACAACGAGAUGAGUGGAGAGCCCUCACCAGCGCCUAUAUCGGGAAACUUUUCCCAGCCCACCAUAUAAUGAGGAGCUGGCCUCGUUGGUCACGAAGCUAUGUACACUGGUUCUUGCCCGAGCUGCAAGAUGUCCGAGCACGAUUGAAGGAGAUCAAUAAUCUCCUGGAACCUCAUGUGCAACGUAGGAUUGCCGCCAGGGAACAACGAGAACACGAUGGAAAGCAGCCUCUCAAAUCGCUCGACUCAGUAGACUGGGCUCUGGACGCUGCGAAAGGAAGAACGUUCGACGUCAUCGGGUGCCAGUUGGCGCUCACGAUAGCCGCAUUACACACAUCGAGCAACACUACAUGGAAUUCUUUGCUGGACAUUGUAUACAAUCAAGAGAUCAUCCAACCUCUCAGAGAAGAGAUCAUACGAGUCGUCCAAGAAGAUGAUGGCCUCAAGACAGUAUCCAUCGCCAAGUUGGAACUUUUGGACAGCUGUAUGAAGGAGAGCCAGCGGAUGCAUCCGAUACAAUACGGUGUCAUGGGCCGACGAGUGAGAAAAACGACACAACUACACGACGGCACCCGUAUCCCGAAGGGUGUCAUCACCAUUGUUGCCCCUCCGGCAAUGCUCGACGCAGAUGUGUUCGAAAACCCAGGGAAAUGGGAUGGGUAUCGCUUCCUGAAGAAGAGACAACAGCCAGGAGAGGAGAAAAAAUGGCUCUUCACCGCUACUUCUCCUGAACAAUAUGCUUUCGGGACUGGGGCCCACGCCUGCCCAGGACGGCACUUUGCUGGUACAACCAUCAAGCUUAUUCUGGCCCAUCUUCUUAUGAGGUACGACUGGAAAAGGCCAGAGGGGGCGGAAAGACGGCCGGAUCCCAUUGAGAUGUCCCUAGACUGGGCUGUUGAUCCCUCUGCCAGAUUAGCUUGGAAGCCGAGGUCUCCUGAAGUGGCGUUGUAGUCACUUGCAUUGUCUUCACGCCUAGAGUCACUCACACUGUACAUUAUAUCAUUGGAUCGGCAACAUUAACGUCAAGCACCCACAUUUGGCCCCCCCAAAAAUGCCUCACCACCACCACCAGCCUCCUGUUUUCUCCAACUUCAUCACAUCACAACAUUCACAUCUUUCAACCGAAUGGCUUCAUCUUUUCUGUAUACCCUUUUCUAGUCCUUAUGGGCCAAUACACUGAGUAUGAGGUCAACCAGGCCUUAGAUGCUGUUGCCAAUGGCCACUCACACUGUACAUUAACUCUAAUACCCUACUUCCGCACCACCCCCACUUCUGCACCACCAUCAUCACCAUCAUCACCACCACUAUCACCACCCAUUUCACUAUCUCUACCGCCUACCCAUAUGCAACUUACGGCCUUGCUGGAUAAUUCGGAUGCCCUGGAUUCAUCCGGACUAUCUAUAUCGCCAAUAUCCAACCCUUGCGCCCGCUGGAUAUCCCAUAUAUUAGCAAAGGUCCUCUUAGGCGAUAGUCGGACCUUUUUUCUCUUACGCUGCUGCUGUUCCUCUAGCUGGCCCUCUAACUGGCGCACUUCAUGCUCUAGAUGUACCACUCUAGAGGCCUGCUCAUCAUACCCCUUUUGCACCUUUCUAGAUAGGUGACGAAUAGUAUGGGUAUCUAGCCCAUCCUUGCCCAGCUGGUUGAAUAGGUGUAAUUGGCGCCUUAGAUCAGCAGAUCGAUGGGGGGUUGACCAUAGGGCGAUAGAUAUAGCUUCAUCCCACUGUUGGCUGCUGGGCUGGUUGGUCUGCUGGCUGGUCUCCUGGGCCUUGGAUACCAUAGGGUUAGAUAGAGGGCGCGUUAUAGAUACUGGCCAUAGUCCAGAUGCCCUCCAACCACUCUUAAUGAUCUGGCUAGUUAUCGAUGCUUUGCAGGCCUUCAAAUAACA